UGCUCCGACAACUAAAAGUUGCAUCCAUCACAUCUGUGUGAUCGACUGUUUCCGGAGAAAGACCAAACUAAUCGUGUCAAAUCGAAUAUCGAAUCGAGAAUAAUCGAUAAAGCUUUCGAAACUUCACUUUGUCCUAUAAAGGAUUUGGAACGUAUUCCUGGAAGUUUGCGUCAGAGCUUAAAAUAAAGAAAUAUAGCUAGAAAAGCUUUUUGGAACAAACGGAGCUGGAAUGUUUCCAGAUAUAAUAUCUUGAAAACCUGAUAUGAUGUCAAUCAUUUGCACAAACAGGGCUGCCAUUUUACAAGGGCCUGAAUCUUUGCAUAGACAGAGGGCCACCUAGUUCAUCUUUUCCAGCUAUUAAGAACUAGGAGUUCAAAUAUGUCCAAUCAAGACAUACCUGGUACCAUCACUGCGAUUUCAGAUAAUACUGAAGAUGAAAUAAAGAAAGAAGAAAAAACCAUUAAAGAAGAUGAACCUUCAGAAGUUAAAGAACAUGAACCUUCAGAAGUUAAAGAAGAUGAACCUUCAAAAGUUAAAGAAGAUGAACCUUCAGAAGUUAAAGAAACCGCUGUUUUACCGCAGACAGAGGAUUCCCUUGAGAAUCACAAGUCGCCACCAGAAAGUUCUAGUAGAUCUCAGCAAAGAGGAAGUGGUGCCAUUUCUAAAAUCCGACCACAAGCAAAAUGCUCUAUCAGAACGCAGCAACAAAUUCAACCAAGCACCUCAUCGAGAAAUUUAUCCGUCCCAUCCCGAGAAAGUCCUUCAGAAGACUUGGAAGUCUUGGAAAACGGACUUCCGAAUCCCAGUUCUCGCACUAGGGCAACAUUUUCAUCCCGAGUGGUAACCAUUGAACAGAUGGUCGAAGAAAUAGAUACAAGUGCAAACAGCAGAGGAAACAUUCUACGCAGAGUUGCAAUGCAUCUAAGAGAUAUUAAAUUCGCCCGAAGACGAAGGAAUAGGGAUUUGGAAAGAACCGACUCAUUUCUGGAAAAGUUUUGUAAUGGGCCAAAGCCAAUGCAGUUGACGGAUGAAAAAAUACCAACAGAUUGUUUAGGAAGGACAUUAGUUGUUGAUCCUUCUGAGAAUUUCCAUUACCGAUGGUUAUCUAUUAUUUCAAUGGCCUUGGUCUACAAUGUCGUUAUGAUAGUUGGACGUAGUGUCUUUUGGGAAUUGCAAAAUCUGUCUCCAAUCACAUGGUACUGCUUGGAUUACUUAUGCGAUGCAAUCUACCUCUUCGAUAUGAUAAUUCAUGCAAGAACAGGUUUUCUGGAGCAAGGACUUCUGGUUCGGGAUUCCAAUGAGCUUCUUCGAAACUACAUUCAUUCUCAUCAGUUUAAACUAGACCUGUUAAGUGUUGUUCCUACGGAUUUAGUAUACCUAGUCAUGGAUACGAAUUGUUAUCUGCAGGUACCUUGUGUCAUUAUCUUUAGACUUAACCGCUUGCUGCGCUUCCACAGAUUGCUUGAAUUCUUUGACAGGACUGAAACAAGAACUAAUUUUCCUUAUGCUUUCCGAAUAGCCAAACUCAUAUUUUAUAUUCUAGUCAUCAUCCAUUGGAAUGCAUGUUUAUACUUCGCUGUUAGUUAUGCUAUCGGAUUUGGAACAGAUACUUGGGUUUACAAUAUGUCAACUCCUCGUUUUGCAUCACUCACCCACCAGUAUAUAUACUGCUUUUAUUGGUCUACAUUAACUUUGACAACAAUAGGAGAAAUGCCAUCACCAGUGAGAGACGUGGAGUAUAUUUUUGUCGUUGUUGAUUUCUUAAUCGGAGUUCUUAUCUUUGCUACGAUUGUAGGCAAUGUAGGGAGCAUGAUAACCAACAUGAAUGUCACUCGCUCAGAAUUCCAAAGAAGAAUGGACGGAGUAAAACAAUAUCUGGAAUUUCGCAAGGUCAGUAAAGAACUUGAAAAUAGAGUGAUUAAGUGGUUUGAUUACUUAUGGAUCAACAGACAAUCUCUAGAUGAAGACGACGUUACAUCCGUGCUUCCGGACAAACUUAAAGCUGAAAUUGCAAUCCACGUUCAUAUGGAUACACUAAAACGAGUCAAAGUUUUUCAAGAUUGUGAACCGGGACUCCUUGUACAAUUAGUGCUGAAAUUAAAGUUACAAGUUUUUAGUCCCGGUGACUACAUAUGUCGUAAAGGUGAUGUUGGUAAAGAGAUGUAUAUCGUAAAAAGGGGAAAACUUCACGUAGUUGGUGAUGAUGGAAAAAGAGUUCUUGCUACACUCAGUGAAGGCUGUGUUUUUGGAGAACUUAGCAUCUUGAACAUUUCCGGAGUAAAAACAGGAAACAGAAGAACUGCAAACGUCAGAAGCGUUGGAUUUUCUGACCUAUUUUGUCUUUCAAAAGAAGAUCUCUGGACUGUUCUUGCAGAGUACCCCGAAGCUCAAAAAAUGCUGAUAGAAAGGGGUAAGCAAAUACUUGUUAAAGAUGGUCUUCUAGAUGAAAGAGAUACCCAGCGGUACGAAGCAGAUGAAAAAGAUCUUCAUUUGAGAUGCGACAAGUUACAAACAGCUCUGGACAAUUUACAGACUAGAUUUGCAAGGCUGUUAAAUGAAUAUACAAGGUCUCAGAAGCAAAUGAAACAAAGACUGUGCCGUUUAGAAGCAAAAUCGAGCCAGCCACACGUUGACGCACAUUCAGCAUAUGGAUAUGCUUCAGCAUCCGUACACUCAUAUAAUGCUGAAAGCGUAACUGAAUAUGCCGAAAGUUAACAAAGUAGAAAAGUUGUUUAGAAUUUUAAACUGAUUCCAUAUAUUAAAGAACUAACUUUACCUACGUACCAUGAAAUAAGAGAAUACGUGCGUAUAUAGUGGCAUAUUUUAGAAAACUUAUCCGUACAUGUACUUAAGUUGCAUAUAUUUAUUUAAAAUGCAUCUACAGUAUAUUAUACUUGAGGAUCCUUAGUUAAAAAUUUAAGAACAAUUUCACUAUUAAAUGCCCUUUUUUUAGAAAGAACUACAACUAUAAAUUAACAUAAAACAUAAAUCUGCUUUCAUUUACUAACAUUGUUAAUGCUGCACUGAAAUUUUAAGUGUUUUAUUAAUAAAUACAUUAUUCACCCUGAAAUUAAAAUAUGCAUACCCCGAAAGCACUAAUUUAAUUUUUGCAAUACACACUGUUCUGAAAAUCACAACUUUUCCACAUCAUGGUUACUUACCAUUUUAGACUCAUUUUUUGAACAGGAUGGUUAAAAUUAAAUUGACCGCAGUGGAGUCGAUUUCAAUCACAACGCAUAGAUGAAACUUUGUAUGUAUUGUUAGAUCAAAGGGAAGAAUUUUCGAAAGAAAAUAUAAUUCAUUUCUUUACCACCAAGUGAAAAAUUAGGAUUUCAACAAGAAUCAUUACUCAGCAAAGCAAAAUUUACAAUUGCAGCAUGUGUACAAUACGUGAGCCACCCAAGGUUAUUAAAUGCAGGAAAUAUAAGAUGGCAUAAAAUAUGGUCGAAGUAAUUCGGAGCGAAUGUCCACGGCAUAUAGUAUUAUGCUGCUCGAAACAGAUAGUUUCAUAUAAAAUUUACGUUAAUUCGAUGGGUUUCUCUUUCUCCUUAAUUUUGCAAACCCAACUCUGUAUCUUAGGAUAUUAGUUUCUAAAAGGAAAAUGGGUCGAGAAUAAACUUGGUGGUGCAAUAAUAUCAUGCUGUAACGUAAUCUAACUGCUGUCCCUGUACCACAUGGAGAGGCGAGGAGCCCUAAAUGACAGUUUUCCUUAUUUACACCCCCAUUAAGUAAAAAAAAAAAAAAAAAA